UCAGCGCAGAAGAAGAGAAGCAGAACAGACGAGCAGUUUCAUGCGUCUAUGGAUGAAAUGAAUCUUGUUUGAAGGUGAUAAUGGAUGAAGUGACUGGAGCUCAGCUGAUUGCUGAGGCACUCAAAUCUCAGAAUGUGGAGUACAUGUUUGGCAUUGUUGGUGUGCCAAUCAUCGAGGUGGCCAUGGCUGCCCAAGCUGUGGGCAUCAAGUACGUGGGCAUGCGCAAUGAGCAAGCAGCCUGCUAUGCUGCAUCUGCUAUCGGCUAUUUGACAGGACGCCCUGCCGUGUGCCUGGUGGUAUCUGGACCAGGGCUGAUUCAUGCACUUGGAGGAAUGGCUAAUGCUAACAUGAACUGCUGGCCUGUCAUAGUCAUUGGCGGCUCUUCUGAUAGAAACCAGGAAACCACUGGAGCAUUUCAAGAGUUCCCCCAGGUUGAGGCCUGUCGUCUGUAUAGCAAGUUUUCAGCUCGACCAAGCAGUCUUGAGAUGAUACCAACUGUAGUUGAAAAAGCUAUAAGGAGCUGUAUUUACGGCCGUCCGGGAGCAUGCUACAUAGACAUUGCUGGAGACAUGGUGAAUGCCAGAGUAGACCGGGCCAGUGUCAGGUUUGUUUCAUGUUGUCCUGAUCCUCCGGUGAGUCAGGCUGACAGCAGGGAGAUCACACAGGCUGUCCAGCUGCUCCGGGCUGCCCAGAGGCCUCUGCUCAUCAUUGGCAAAGGUGCGGCAUAUGCCAGGACGGAGAGGGAGGUGAGGGAGCUAGUGGAGACGACUGGGCUCCCUUUCCUUCCCACACCCAUGGGAAAAGGUGUUCUGCCAGAUGACCACCCCAACUGUGUGGCUGCAGCAAGAUCCAGAGCUCUGUUGCAGGCUGAUGUUGUAGUGUUACUGGGUGCCAGACUCAACUGGAUUCUGCAUUUUGGUUUUCCACCUAGAUUCAGUCCCCAUGUGAAGAUCAUUCAGGUGGAUCUGUGUGCUGAGGAGUUAAGUAAUAAUGUGAGAGCCGCAUCUGCUCUACUAGGGGACAUACGAGCUGUGGUCAGCCAGUUGUUGGAGACUUUCAGAUCAGAGCCUUGGAGAUUUCCACCUAAUGCUGAAUGGUGGGUGACCUUGAGGGAGAAAAUGACUGCCAAUGCUCAGAUUUCAAAGACUCUUGCUCUCCAGUCCACUCUACCUAUGAACUACUACAUAGCAUUCCACCACAUCUCUGAACUCCUGCCCAAAGACUGCAUCAUAGUGAGUGAGGGAGCGAAUACAAUGGACAUCGGCCGCACCAUGCUACUCAACUACCUCCCACGACACAGGUUAGAUGCAGGUACUUUUGGCACUAUGGGAGUGGGCCCAGGCUUUGCCAUUGCUGCAGCUGUUUUGGAGCAGGCACAGAAGAGUGCUCAGAGGGUGGUGUGUGUAGAGGGAGACAGUGCCUUUGGUUUCUCCGGCAUGGAGGUGGAGACCAUGUGCAGGUACAAACUGCCAAUCAUCAUUAUAGUGAUCAACAACAAUGGCAUCUACAGUGGAGUGGAUCCAGAGACAUGGAGACGGAUGGAGAAAAUGGGAGACAUGACCACCAUAGCUCCUCCAGUAACUCUGUUACCAGAGGCGCGAUAUGAGCAGGUGAUGAGCGCGUUUGGUGGUUGUGGGUAUCUGGUUCGAACAGUAGAAGAACUCCGCAGUGCACUACAGGAGAGUCUGAAAAACACACAGACACCCAGCCUCCUCAAUGUACUUAUAGACCCGGCCUCAGACCGCAAACAACAGGAGUUUCCCUGGCUGACACGUUCAAAUCUUUAAAAGCUGAGAGAAGCAUCGGAUGGGAUCAGAUCAUGUCUCAGUGGUUGACCUAGGGCUGUAUCAUGCACUACAUUUGGUUAACUUACUGUAGGUGGCAGCAUUUCCUUUAAAAAUACAGAAAAACAGUAUCAAUUUGAACAAUUUAUACUUUUAUUUUCAUAUGGUUGCAGUUGAGAUUUGGUUAUCCACAAAUUAAUUUCCAAAUGAGUUAACCAGGUUAAAAGGGGACUAAUGCAUUUUUAUUCUGUUUCCUAUCCACCUUUAACAAAAACAACAAAACAUGGAUGUGACCUGAUCUCAGUCUGUACAAAAUAAAUUUGCAGAGAUGUCAGGUCUUUCUGUAAAUACCUGAAAGAGAAAACACUAACAAUAGAAAAUAACAAAUAAAGGGACAUUACAGGGUUUAGAUGAUGAAUGUGUAAUUAUUUUAAUAUACACACAUUUUUACCCAUAACAAAUGCUCAAUCCAAUUUAUUUGUAACGCUUUUCAGAGUACUUGUUGUUCUAAAGCAGCUUUACAAAGCAUAAUGCCUUACAAACCUCCAGUAAGUCAAAAGCCGACAGUGGCAAUGAAAAAAAUCCCUAAGACAUAGUUGAGACAAAGACAUAGAAGAAACCCAUAAAUGUGUUCAUACAUAUUUGUUAAUUUAAAAAGAUGUUAUCCAGCCACAUAGUUUAAGUGAUCUUACCUGAUCUUAGGUCAGUUUUAUGUGCUUGGCUUGAGAGGGGUUUUGUUUAGUCUCUGAUUAAUUUAAAUGUUCCUGGCCUCCUCUUCUGCUCUCUCAUAAUGUAUCAUUACAGUGCUGCUUUAUCACAGAGAGAGAGAGAGAACUUUUCCCUUCUUAGCCUUGGCAAGCACACCCUCUUCAAGAUGAAAACUGCAGGUUUGGAAAUGUUCUGAACCAUUUUAGGACAUAGAAUUUCGGUCGAACAUUUUUUUUUUCAGCUAAAUGUGAAAAUGUGUAGAACGGUAUGAAUGAUGGUGUUUAUAUGUUCAAAAGCAGCCACAUUAUUAAAGCCUUAUAAUUUUGUUCAGUGCUUUUGUAUAAACUUGAUUACAUUAAUUGAUGUGUUAUUGUAUAAAAAAAAAAAACUUAUGGUGAUUUAAAAACAUAUUUCUGUUAUAACUACUUGAUAAAAAAAAACAAUGUUUUAAUGUAAUUUGAUGUUCUUGAUGCUAUGAAUGACUUCCAGGCAAAAGUGGUGGAAAAUUAAAAAGUGAUUUGUGUCUGCCUUA